GUCAAACAUUUCACAUACAUUAACGCAAACCGCACUCUCCUCUUGCUCUUAUUUGCUUUGCCGCGAUUGGCCAAGAGAAACCACAGCCGCCCAAUCACGGGCCGGGUCGGGCCAGCCUUAUGUACACGCCUCGUCCAAACGUGGCACCCAGUCGCCUCCUGGAUUAGCUUACGACGACACCUAAAGUUCGUUUCUCUCUCUCUCGUCUCGUCUCGUCAGUGACGGAACUAUCGUCAUCUUUAUCUCGCACGCCGAUAUGGGGAUUACUGCUGCUGCCCGAGUGCUUGUUACUUCUUACCUAUAGGCUGAAUAUGUAUUAUAUCUCGUAGGCUAAUUAAUUAAGAGGUUAUAUGUUAGCUACGUGAUUGUAUCUGGAGAGUGACGAUCAAAGGGACUCGAACCUUUGGAAGGAUUCAGAAUUAGAAAGGUUCAAGUAUUCAGCCCUUUCAUGUAACUGUUUUCUAAACUUUCUAUCAAGACUAUAAAACGAAAAAUAAAUAAAUAAAACGAAAACUCAAGAAAAAAAAGUUGUGUGUGAAGUAAUAAAAGCGACACCACAAACGCCUGACAAUGAGCGGCGACCCCGCACCGCCGCCCACCAGCAGUCCCUCGUCUGCUACGACCCCGGCAGCCCCAUCCCCGGUGACGUCCGUAGGAGGGGGGCCCCGCCCGCCGCCGCCCCUGUGCCCCAUCCUGCAGGAGGGCGAGGAUUACGACGCCUGGGUCCUGGCGGGAGGGAGGCUCUUCCGCGCCCAUGGGUCGGUCCUGGCCUCGCACAGCGCUUACCUGAGGGCGUGCGUGGCGGGUACUUGCGACGGGGACACGAGGGUCCUCCUCCCUCACGUGCCCCCGGCGGGAUUCGCCGCCGUGCUGGCUUACAUGUACACCGGGAGGCUGCCCCUGAAUCCCGCUACCCUCUACGAGGUCCUCGUCGCUGGGCACCUGCUCCAAAUGCCUCCGGUCGUGUCCUUGUGCCAAGCUUUGCUAACAACCACCACGGCCUCCACGGCGGCUAUUGCAACGUCAGCAACCUCCCUCGACAUCCCCGAAGUGCCUCCGGCACUCAGCAUGUGGCGAGGAUUGGCAAGACUUGUGCCACCUCACCAACAGGCCACUUCGGCGUCAUCCUCCUCUUUGCCGGUAACGAUCAUUCGACCUACUCCUACAAGACCAUGCCCCACGCAUCUACAAAUCAACCCGCCACAAGAUAACAAUAGAGAUGAAAACCUAGAUGAGAGUUCCAAUGGCACCUUAGAUGAUCAAAGCACGCAUAAACAAGCUGAAAACGUGGGAAGAAUUUCAAAGUACACUGCGGAUGAUAAUGAGCCACUCAGCGAGAGAGUACAUGCGGGAGCAGUGAUCAUCGAUAUUGCCACUUGCGACGGGCCUGUCUUCUUUGAAAGAGUGAUCAACCGAGCUUACAAAGCAAAUCCCCUGGCAAGCCACGACGAUUCUGAGACUGACACAGAAAUAAAUGUGGAAGAGAUCGACUCAUGUGAUGAUGCAGUGGGAGCAAUGUCUGAGAACACCCAACCGAGAGCAGAUUCUCUACGAGGAAAUGAGCUGGCCAAGUGUAGUCUGGCAAACUCUCUGCGUCUAGCAGCAUCUGGGAUGGCUAAAGGCAACAUGGGGACUACUUCUCCUCCAACCCCAAACAACCAUGCUGGCAGGACCUAUCAUUGUGUGUACUGCAAUCAUACAUUCAAGAGCCACUACUGCUACCAGAAACACAUGCGACGUCACAUAAACCCCAUCACGGUUGAAAUUGACAAGCUCAGAGGAUCUAGUGCACCUUCACCUGGCAGCACAGACAUGGUCCACGAACAAGAAGGCAGAGACUGUUGGGGAGAGAGCAGCAGGGGAGCGUCGACAUUCAGCAUUCCAAAUGGAAGAUCAAGAAGCGCAUCACCGUACAGUAGUAAAAGCCUUUCUCCUGCACCGAGCAGUGGUGGUCUCAAGAUUCUCGACUUGAACGUUCAAUACUUCCCUUGCAAAACGUGUGGAUCAAAAUUUCCAAGUUACUACUUUGUGCACAAACAUCGUAGACUCUGCCACCAAGAUGAGGAAACCUCAUCAGUCAGUGAAAAGUCCUCUAGACAAUCGACACCAAAGAGUCUGCCAGCACCACAGACACCCACCCCAACGACAACUUCCACAAUUUAAAAACGUGGUAAAAUAUGUACAACACAAAUCAUACCAUGCAAAACAUCCUCUCAAUACUCAGCAAAUUUAGACAAUCAUUUUUCCAAACUUUGUCAAGGUGUUGAAUGACGCCAAUAAUUAUUUUGGAAAAGAAUACCCUCAUAGAACAAUAUGUGUACUAUUCUAAGUGUUCACAUACGUGAUAACUGCACUGAUAGUUACGAAUCCCAUGUGCCCUAUAGUCUAAGUCGACUCCUUAACCUGUAGGCUGUGCUUUGGCCUGUGUAAAUAUGUCCUCCAAUAAAAAUUUCCAAAUUUC